GUUGAGUUGAACUGCAGGCAUUUUGUUGUGUUAAAAUUUAGCACGUAAAAAGUAAAAUGUCGUACGGUAAAGGUGAAGCAGAUACGUUCUACGUUGAACAGCAACAUGUUGGACGAAUUAUUGGCAAAGGUGGCGAAAGAAUCCGAAGUUUGCAGGAUGAGAGUGGUUGUCAAAUUAAAAUUGAAAGUCGAGAAUCAGACCGAGAAGAUGAAGCCAGAGUUGAUUUAUUCGGCAGUGACGAGGCCAAAACCUUAGCCAAAGAAUUAAUUCAAGAUAUUUGUAAACGUUCAUAUUCUGAUGGUGGUAGAGGAGGAGGCCGAGGGGGUGGUUACGGAGGGGGGAGAGGCGGCGGCCGAUACGGGGGUGGGGGUAGAAAUGAAUAUGGGGGAGGAAGGUCGUAUGGAGGAAGAUCGUAUGGGGGUGGUGGUGGCUAUGGUGGAGGAAGACCACGAGAUUCGUACGGCGGAGGAGGAGGGGGUGGUAGGGAUUCUUACAGUGGAGGGGGACGUGAUUCCUACGGAAGUGGGGGUGGGGGACGUCGAGAUUAUGGAGGUAGAGAUGAAUACCGAUCUGGUGGCGGAGGAGGAGGAGGAGGAUAUUAAAAGGAAUCAGCUACUGAAUUUUGAUGACAAAGGGCUUGGCUCUGUUAGCCUCCAUUUUGAGGUAGUUGCUUUACAAAGCUUUUAAAAUCGUACUGUAUUCAAAUAUUCUACUAAAAUUAAUGAGAGGUCUGUAAAAUAUUUUAAACUUGAUUUGAUAAUAAUGACCGGUAAUUGUGUUACUUCUCUAAAAAAAAAAAAAUCUUGAUUUUUCUAAUGUAAUAGUGGUAUAUAAUGAUCAUCGAAGGAAAUGUGUUGGUUCCCUGUAAUUGUCGAAUUUCUUUAUGAAAUGGAGUUGUUCUUCGACAGAAUAUUGUUACUCUGAUAAAAUUCUAUCGUUUUCCUGUUAUAAUGGUGCCAGUAAGAUGUAUUACAUAGUUGGAUUGUGGCCUGAAAUUUCUGGUGGUAAAGAAUGGAUGUUGUGGUCGAUGGCUGACAAUUUUUGAUGAAACUUGAUCCAGAUGAACCUUGACACCAACCAGAUGAAGAAGAUGUUUAUGAUUUUAAUUUCUUUUUCAAUAAGAUUUCAAUAUUUAAUCCUCAUUCAUUGAAAACUGCACAAUUAAUCUUAACCCUUGCUUCCAACUUUACCAACUUGCGAAGUAAAUCUCGAACAACCAAUCUUAUAAUAAAUGUAUAUGCCUCUAUUUAUGUCAUAAGCUCGGAAUCUGGUGAAUCUGUUUGGCUAGUGAAGGGAGGUAAGUAUAGAUGAGCUUAUGACUGAAUCUCGUAAAGCAUCUACGUCUCAAUAUUGAUUGAUCCUGGUAAAACUGAUACAGACGAGGAAAUCUGAUUUUAUCUUGAAAUGAGUUCUGAAUCUUGCAUCAUCCUUCUCAACCCAAAUAUUAUCUCGAGAAAUGCGAAUCAUGACUCUGUCGAAAUAAAUUGGAAACUAUCAUUGAACUCUUGAACCAAUCACUUGCCUUGAAACAACGUUGAAUUAAUCAAUCCAACCAAUCGUUUGCCUCGAAUCAAUUUUGAAUUUGAAUAACUGGCCAAUCGAAUCUCUGAAUCUGAAUUUUGAACCCGAACAAAGCUGUGCAACUUCCAAUGUUUUGAAUUUGAAGAUAAUUGUUGUGUUUUAUUGUACUGAAUGAUUCUUGUGAACAAACCAAACCUGUCAAUCUAUUUCUUAUCUACCAAUUAUAUAACAUUAUGUUUGAAUACUUCCAAUUUAUUACCAAUAUUUUUACACUUUGAACAUUUGUAUCUUUCAAUGUGACCAGCUGGAAAGAUCAAUCUCUGCCAAAUCAUUACCAAUAAUUUUACACUUUGAACAUUUGUAUUUAUUAUAAAGAGGAUAACAUCUAGUGAAUCUAUCCUACCUAGCCUCUUCAUACUUAUUAUAUUUACCUAUGAAAAUUGUAUUUUGUAUCGAAUAAUGGAUGGAUUCUCUAAUCUUGUAUCUGGUUUUCUCCAAUCUUAAUGUUCUUGUGGAAUACGGAUGAUCAAUUAUAUUUUAAUCUCUAUUUAGAUAUGGAUAGAAAACUCAGUUCUCUACUAAUUUUUAAUGAUCAUUCACUGUGAACGUUUGUAUAUUACUGUGUGAAACCAUGGAUAAAAUCCUGGUUAAUUUUUAACUUAUUUAAUAACUUGUUGGAGAUGAAAAUUUAGAGUUUGUUUUUGUAAAAUGGAUGGAACCUAGAAUGAAUCAAUCUAAGCCUAGUUUUUAAUUUGAUCAGUGGAUAUCUGAAAUUUGUUUUUUUAAGAUAGCAUGGUAAAAUUGUUUGUUUGUAACAAAGUAAACAAGUAUUUGUGAAGCAUUAGUAUCUAGAUAUUGAAUCAUUUUAAAACUAUUUUAAAAAUUACUCUCAAUCCUGUUCACUGCCUGAUUUAUGGAAUGAGAAACAUAUUCAGUAUUAUAUUCUAAUAUAGACUCAACGUUUUCAACAUCAGAUAUUCAAUUCCAUUCUUCCUAGACCUAAGAUAUCAUUUAUUGAAAUGUUUAAAAGGAAUCUUGAAACAAACCUCUUGGAUGUACUAGAAAUACUAAAACUAGAAUUGUGGAACUUUGACUGAUAAUCCAGAAUGAUGUGUUUAAAAAAACUUAAAAAAAUACUUGAUAUUUACAAAAGAUAAAAUUGAAUUGAUAUCCAGAGUGACUGAUAAUGACAACCAAUUUCAUCUGUGUGUAUAAACCUAAAUACUGGGCUAUUAUUGAUAUAAACUGGACAAUCUUCAAUCAGACUAUUGAAAUGAAAUAAUAUCCUAGAAUGACUCGUGUAUACUCAACACCAAUUUUAAACCACGUUAAAUGAAACAGACUAAUUAUUGAAUAUCUCAGUUUUAUUGGGCACGUAAGUAUUUUAGAUUUGACUGGGCGAGGUUGUGGGGACCAGACGAGUGUUUGUAAGAAUUUGGGUGGGUUGGGCCUGGAUGUAAUAGGGAGGGGGGAGGCAGGGGUAACCUAUAUUUUAAUUACUUCUAAUUAUAGCUGUUUUUAAUUGAUCAUUAAAAUUUAAUUGAAAUAAAUCUAGUAAAUGGUG